GCAGCCCGGAGGAGAGUGACACGCACCAACUCCAACUCCGCGCCGGGAAACGCUUCCUCGCAGCUCCUCGGCAUGCGUGGCCCGGACGGCGCUCGGCGCCCCCGCAGCGAGCCCCGAGCCGGCCGCGCCGCACUCCCGCGUCCCCUCGCUCCCGCAGCCCAGGCCCCGGGGGCGGCGAGCCAGGCCCGGCGUGACCCUUGGUGAACCGCGGCCGCCGUUUCCCACCCCUCCGGUCCCAUCCUCCCUUCCCGUUUCACCCCGCCCCCUCCCUCUCCCCGAGCCUGACAGCCCGGGAGCUGCCAAGCUGGGCGCAGCCAUGGGAAGAGGAGGCGGUCUAGGGAGCGGCGGCCGUGGCGGCGGAGGCUGCUGCAGCGGCGGCGGCGGCUGCUGAGCCCGGGCGCGGCGGGGACCCCGGGCUGCGGCCACGCGGGCCCCAGGCCCCCGCGCCCUCGGCCGCAGCGCUGAUGCGAACCCGCGCUCUCAAUCCGGAGGCGAGGCUCGAAGGUCCCCCAGGCAUGGAUCUCUGGAAGCUGCUGUUGACUUUGGCAGUGGCGGGCUCAAGUGAUGCUUUUCCUGGGAGUGAAGCUCUGUCAGCUUCUGUACCUUGCUCAGAGAGCCACGCAGGAGAAUUAAGUAAGAGAGCACGUGAAGUACCUGGCAGACUUACAGCCAUACCCGCUCUCCUCGACAGAGCGUCCCAGAGUCUGCAGAGAGUUCAGCCAGGCCUCGGGACAAAUUCUUCUGGGAAGCCUAAACUCACCAAGUGCCGUUCACCCGAACUAGAGACUUUUUCAUGCCACUGGACAGAUGGGGGCCAUCGCGGCUCCGAGAGCCCAGGACUCCAGCAACUGUUCUAUAUUAGAAGGAACACUCAAGAGUGGACUCAAGAGUGGACUCAAGAAUGGAAAGAAUGCCCUGACUACGUCACUGCUGGAGAAAACAGCUGUUACUUUAACGCAUCCUAUACCUCCAUCUGGACGCCCUACUGCAUCAAGCUCACGAGUCGUGGUGGGACUGUGGAUCGGAAGUGCUUCUCUGUAGAGGAAAUAGUACAACCAGACCCACCCACUGGCCUCAACUGGACUCUACUGAACAUCAGUUUAACGGGCAUUCACGCGGAUAUCCAAGUGAGAUGGGAACCACCAUCCAAUGCAGACGUUCAGAAAGGAUGGAUAGUCCUGGAGUACGAGCUACAAUACAAAGAAAUAAAUGAGACCCAGUGGAAAAUGAUGGAGCCCGUGGCGUCCACGUCGGUCCCUGUGUACUCGCUGCGCCUGGACAAAGAGUACGAAGUGCGCGUGCGGUCCAGGCAGCGGAACUCCGACAAGUACGGCGAGUUCAGCGAGGUGCUCUACGUCACACUUCCUCAGACCAGCCCCCUGCCCUGCGAAGAAGAUUUCCAGUUCCCGUGGUUCUUUCUUAUCUUCUUCGGAUUAUUCGGGCUAACCGUGAUACUACUUUUAUUCAUAUUUUCUAAACAGCAACGGAUUAAGAUGCUGAUUCUGCCUCCAGUUCCAGUUCCAAAGAUUAAAGGAAUCGAUCCAGAUCUCUUCAAGGAAGGAAAAUUAGAAGAGGUGAACACAAUCUUAGCUGUUCACGACACCUAUAAACCCGAAUUCUAUAAUGAUGACUCUUGGGUUGAAUUCAUUGAGCUAGAUAUCGAUGACCUUGAUGAAAAGACUGAAGGAUCAGACACAGACAGACUUCUGAGCGAUGACCGUCAGAAAUCACUUCACAUCCUCGGGGCAAAGGAUGAUGACUCUGGACGUACCAGCUGUUACGACCCAGACAUUCUGGAGGCUGAUUUUGAUGCUGGUGACGUGGGCGAUGGUACCUCCGAGGUUGCUAAGCCACAGAGGUUAAAAGGGGAAGCAGAUCUCUUGUGCCUUGAUAUGAAGAAUCAAAACAACCUGCCUUUCAGUGAUGCUCCCCCUGCUACUCAGGAGCCCGGUGUUAUCCUAGCAGAGGAAAACAAACCCAGACCACUUCUUCUCGGUGAUGCUGAGUCAACUCAUCCGGCUGCCCAUGCUCAGCUAAGCAAUCCGAGCUCACUGGCCAACAUUGACUUCUACGCCCAGGUAAGCGACAUCACACCAGCAGGGAGUGUGGUCCUUUCCCCGGGCCAAAAGAAUAAGGCAGGGAUACCCCAGUGUGACCCGCAUCCAGAAGCGGUCUCGUUCUGCCAAGCAAACUUCAUCAUGGACAACGCCUACUUCUGCGAGGCAGAUGCCAAGAAGUGCAUCGCGGCGGCCCCGCAUGUGGAGGUCGACUCCCGUGCAGAGCCCAGCUUUAACCAGGAAGACAUUUACAUCACCACAGAAAGCCUUACCACUACUGCCGGCAGGUCUGGGACCUCAGAGCGGCCCCCGAGCUCCGAGACGCCCGUCCCAGACUAUACCUCCAUUCACAUAGUACAGUCUCCGCGGGGCCUCCUACUCAACGCCAUGGCCUUGCCCUUGCCCGACAAAGAGUUCCUGUCCUCUUGUGGCUAUGUGAGCACAGACCAACUGAACAAAAUCAUGCCGUAGCCUUUGAUAUGAUUUCCCGUGAGCUAAAUAUUUAAUGGCAAAGAGUGGGCUGGGGCCUGAGUGCUUAAACCAAAACAAUGUUUAAAUCUUUUGGGGCUGGGGGGGGGGGGGGGGGGGGGGAGGGGAGCGUGGCUUCUAAAUGCCUUUUCCUGAAAUGUUGAAACAUGAUGUUAAAAAAUAAUAAUGAGAACACUUAAUCAGAUAGAUAUUCCUGUUGCAAAUUGUAAAUAUUUUAAAGAAUUGUCUCAAAAGAUUGUUUAGUGAUUGUCUUGUUAUCGUGGGUGUUACUAUUGUGAUGCUAUGCAUUGAAUGGCUGUAUUUUUAAUGUAGAGGUAAAUCAUGCUUUUUGAAAAAGCGAACAAUCAGGUGGCUUUUGCAUUUCAGGAAAAUCGAAUGCACAGUAUAGCACAGGCUAGUUUUGUUUUUUUAAUGUGAUUGGGAGCUGGGAAUACAAGUAUGAAGAGAAAAAAUAGUUUGGAUAUGUAAGAUUUAUUUUGACAUAGAAUUGAUGACGAUAUUUUUCAUAUGCACACUUCAAGCAUGGCUGUUUUAUACCACACCACCUACUGUGUGCUGACGGGCAGGUGGACCCAUCGGAAGGACACGCCAGCAGCAGUCGCAAGCUGGCAUGAGGCUCUGGUCAGCGCACCUCCAGAAAACAAAUAGACAAGUUAGUUUUUUACAGAGCCCUUUUUAUACCUCCCAAACUCCUGAAACACUUCUGAAAUGAUUGUAGUCACCCAAACGACGAGUCACCCAUGCUCGUCUUAGCUGAAUUUUUUAAACCAGUCUUUGUUCAUUUAGGAAUCUCUCAAAAUGUUUGCACAGGCCCAUGUAUCAUGAACCAGAAAGCAAACACACAACAAAACCCUUUCUUCCCCCAAUCGCGGUUCACGCCAGAGCACCAGGUCCUAAGAGAAGUGGAAGUGACAGCUGGUUCAGGUAGAGGAGGGCACGGUGGGAGAGUCGCGCAAGCAGCGGGCGGUGCAGCGGGCGGUGCAGCGGGCGGGGCUCAGUGUGCAGGGUCAGGAGAGGAAAGCCCAGACCCUGGGCUGCAGGCUCUGGGCAGGCGCAGCCCGCGCUCCCCCCGAGUUACCCAGGCAGGGAGUGGGGUGCAGGGAGCACUAUGUAAGUCAAAGCAGGUCAUAAUGAAACUAAGCAGAUGACGGAGGAGUAAAGAGUGUAGGAAACGGGUUUUGUCUCAAAGCAUCGGGCCGGACGCAGACUCGUGAUUUACGGUGAUGAGGAGAAACAGGAGCACGUGGUUCUAAAUCCCCACCGAUAGCUCCACGUUUACUCACACCAACAGCACAAACUCUCUUCCGUGCCCGGCCUUGUAUAGGGUUUAUUUAAAGUAGUAGAAGAAGAUAUUACAUCAUUUUUUAUUCCCCCUUGAAUGGAAGAUCAUCAGAAGAAAACCAAGGGGCCCAAGCCAUUUAUGAAUUAUCGCUCAGUCCCUUAAUAACCUAAACAUCAUGCUUUGGAGCAUCAGGACAGCUCCCCCAAGAGUUUUUAUCAAAAGGAGAAGAAUCUUAUCUCAGUGAAGAAGCCUUCUCACUUUAAGUGUUUUUUUUAAGGUGAAUAAAACUUUUAAGUUCGCUUUAAGUUGAAUAGUAUUUGCCAUUUAGCAUAGGUCUUUUUAGGAAAUAAGCCCAAUGGUUGGCAAUUUUAAGUCCCCUAUUUCUCGCAAGGACAGUGAAGAGCUUGAAUUGGGUGUUUAAAGUGCAACAUGUUCCUUUGUAACAAUUGAUGUUUCAUAGACUUUCCGCUACUUUGCUGCUAUGGUUUUCUCUACGAGCUACAUAAUUUAGUUUCAUAUAAAAGUUCAUCGCUGUAGAACCUAAUUCAACUUAAAACUGUGUGUUUGGGAAAACUAUCUUACUGUUUCACAAUAGGCUGACAACAUUUCUCUCGCCAAAAAUAGCUAAAUACCUCAAUCAGUCUCAGAAUGUCAUUUUGGUACUUUGCUGGCCACACAAGCCAUUAUUCACUAGUAUGACUAGUUGUGUCCCGCAGUUUAUAUAUUUGACUUUCUUUAUGUCUGUGGAUUUUUUUUCCUUCGAAGUUUAAUAAAUUUAUUUUCUUGGA